AUGUUGCGUGGCCACGUGUUUGUUGCCGCGCCUGAUGUGCCGCAGGAUGUGCGGUUGCUGAUCGCUGCAUGCGGUGGUCAUGUGGUGGCAUCUCUUGAGGCGUCCGUCACCCUCGGCCUGGUGGUACGGGGGGGAGCGGCGAAACUCGACUGUGCGGCUCAACUGCGGGGCCUGCGCAUUCCGAUCUUGCGCUCCAGUUGGGUGCGGGCGAGCGUGGCAGCCGGGCGCCUGUUGCCUAUGAAGCAUCCGCACGCGGAGCACGACCCCGCGCUUUUUGAGUCGCUCCGGUUUACGACGACAAUGCUUUCGGGUGACACAAAGGAGCGUGUUGUGGCGGCGAUCCAGUUCUUCGGCGGGACCUACUCCCCGGACCUGACCAACGCGACGGACAUUCUUCUUUAUGGUGAGUGGGGACGAACGGCGGGGAACGCCAUGGAGAAGGCGGAGAGGAGCCUCAAGUGGCGGUGUGCGUGGGAGUGGGCGAUCCCGCGCGUCCAUAUCGCAUGGUUACAGGAAUGCAUCUCUAGUGGGAAACGUGGCGCUCUGCUGCAGUCAUCUGCCACCACCACACCGACACCAACGCCGCCACUAUCAGCAGCAGCAGUAGUGACGAUAAGGAAUGGGGAAGAAGAUGAGAAUAGCUGCGGCUCUGCACAUGAGGCUGCAGGUAAAAGGUGCGUCUCCUUUUCCCCUCUUCGACGACAGAAACGCUCUCGUAUCGAGGACGUAAAGUUCGCUUGUGAUGCACUGGAACCAACUGUUCCUCGUGUCUUGGUAAGCCAACUGUGCGGAAGUAUCUUUGAGGAGUAG